UGGAGACAAUCUCUGCAGGCAUCGGCUGGCAAGUGCGGAGCUCACCAGUAAAACCUCACCCUUGCCCUGGGAGCCUGGAAAAUACGGGAUUUUCUCUGGUUUGGCAUUUCCAGGUGGCUCGAGGGGUGUGUUAGCGCAGCCCUGUGCUGGGGUUGUGCUCGGUUGUGGGUGGCUCUGGGCCCUGCAGUGCCGGCGCUGUGGGGACGGAUGGGCUCGUUCCAUGGGGAUCCUGCUGCCUUUCCAGCCUUCCCACGGCUGCUGGAGGCCUGGCUGGAAGCUCCACGACUCCAUUGGCAUCUGGGAGCAAAGCGACUGCCGUCUCUGCUGGACGGCCAGCGGGGCACUGGUGUCCUCAAACUCGUGCCCGGGGUGGCCGGCGAUGACCGACGCGGUGCUGGGCGGCUCCUCUGACCGGUGGAUGUGCCCCAGUGACAGGACCAUGUCCCUCCGAGCCAGCAGUGAGAAGGAGCAGCUCCCAGCGGGCUGGGCAGCACAGCCCGAGCGGCAGCGCAAGGGUGAGGAGCUGACGGAUGAGGAGAAGGAAAUCAUCAACCGGGUGAUCGCCCGCGCCGAGAAGAUGGAGGAGAUGGAGCAGGAGCGCAUCGGGCGCCUGAUGAGCCGGCUGGAGGACAUGCGCCGCAGCGUGCUGGGGGACGGGGUGAACCGCUGCAUCCUCUGCGGGGAGCAGCUGGGGACGAGGGGCUCUGCCUGUGUCGUCUGCGAGGACUGCAAGAAGAACGUGUGCACCAAGUGCGGGGUGCAGACCACCAACAACCGGCCCCAGGCCAUCUGGCUCUGCAAGAUCUGCAGCGAGCAGCGGGAGGUGUGGAAACGCUCCGGUGCCUGGUUCUUCAAGGGUUUGCCCAAGCAGAUGCUGCCGCAGCCGAUGCCCAUCAGCAAGAAGGGACACCAAACCCCGGGUGAGCCCCGCCCGGCCGAGCCGCCCGCUCCGGACCCCAAACUCCCCUCCCGGGCACCCACCCGAGGCCAGGCGGAUGCCGAGGACACCGAGGGCAGCGACGCCGCAGCAGCCGCCCGGGGGAGCCGCAGGGCGGCCGAGGGCCGGCCGGGUCCGUGUGGCAGCGAGGACACCGGUGGGGACAGCGGCAGCCGGGACUACGCUGCCGAGAGCGGGGUCAGCAGGAGCCCCGGUGUGAAGAGAACCAACUCCGUGCAAAGCCAGCGGCCACCGCCGCCGGCCACCGCCGGUCCCGCUGCCGCAUCUGCCGCUGGCUCCGGUCCGGCAGCAGCUCCCGCAGCGCCGGCGGCAGCAGCAGCAAGGCCGGGUCCCGGGGGUCCCGCCCGCUUCCCGGAGAGACGAGCGAGCCCCCCGCUGGGACCCCCGGAGCCGGCCCGAGCCGCCAGGGAGGAGCGGGGAGGGGGCUUUGCCGCGGCCCCCGGCAGGGAGGACAGGCCAGCCUGGCAGCCCCCUGCUGCCACACAGCCCCCGGCCGCCCCGCCGGCAUCCGCGGCCCCGCAGCGGCAGCAGCCCCGCGAGGAGGAGGAGGAGGAUGCCAACAGCUACGACUCGGAUGAAGGCACCACGCUGGGAGCCCUGGAGUUCAGCCUGCUCUACGACCAGGAGAACAGCUCCCUGCACUGCACCCUCAUCAAGGCUAAGGGCUUAAAACCGAUGGAUUCCAAUGGCCUGGCUGAUCCCUACGUGAAGCUGCACCUCCUGCCCGGAGCCAGCAAGUCGAAUAAGCUGAGGACGAAGACGCUGCGCAACACCCGGAACCCUGUGUGGAACGAGACCCUGGUGUACCACGGUAUCACCGACGAGGACAUGCAGAGGAAAACCCUCAGGAUCUCCGUGUGUGACGAGGACAAAUUUGGCCACAACGAGUUCAUCGGAGAAACCAGAGUUGCCUUGAAAAAACUCAAAGCCAACCAGAAAAAGAACUUCAACAUCUGCCUGGAGAGAGUAAUACCAACGAAGCGCACCGGCACAACCGGCGCAUCCCGCGGCAUGGCCCUGUACGAAGAGGAGGUGGAUCGCGGUGGGGACGUGGAGGAGCGCGGGAAGAUCCUGGUGUCCCUCAUGUACAGCACCCAGCAGGGCGGGCUCAUCGUGGGCAUCGUGCGCUGCGUGCACCUGGCGGCCAUGGACGCCAACGGAUACUCGGAUCCCUUCGUCAAGCUUUGGCUGAAACCUGACAUGGGGAAAAAGGCCAAGCACAAGACGCAGAUUAAGAAGAAAACAUUGAAUCCUGAAUUUAACGAGGAGUUCUUCUACGACAUCAAACACAGCGACCUGGCCAAGAAGUCCCUGGACAUUUCCGUCUGGGAUUAUGACAUCGGAAAAUCCAAUGACUACAUUGGCGGGUGCCAGCUGGGAAUCACGGCCAAGGGCGAGCGCUUGAAACACUGGUACGAGUGCCUGAAGAACAAGGACAAGAAGAUCGAGCGCUGGCACACCCUGCAGAACGAGAACCACGUUGCCAGUGAUUAAAGGGAGCCUCUGCCCGGCCCUCCCCACCCUGUGCCACGCCCCUGUAGGUCCCUGGUGUCCCCGAUGUCCCCGGUGUCCCGUCUUCCAGCGCAGCCACGCCUUGCUACAGCCUCCGGUCCCAGGGUCCUCCGCCUCCCCCAAGCCCUCCCCAUCCUGAAGACUCCCCCAGAUCUUUUCUAUUCUCCUUUAUUUAUUUUCAGCUGGGGCAGGAGGCCGUCGAGUUCCCCUGGUGUGUGAUUUUGGCAAGCAAUAGCUCCCUCCUGACUGUUCCCCUCCCUCUCCCCGGUCCCCGUGGCAGCGUUCCCGUCGCGUGUCUGACGCUCCGUGUCCCUCCAGCCUCCGCUCCCCGCGGCUCCGGUGUCUCCCGGCGGGAGAUCGGAGUGCUGAGGUUGGGAGCAUCAGCCUGUCCUGCUUGUGUGAUCUCAAUACCUCAGUUGCAAUAACAAAAAAAGCUCCUCGGCUUUGGUGUGGGUGUCACCGUCGCCUGGUGUCCGUGUUAUCGUGGUUAGGCCAAAUCCGGUGUCACCGGUGCCAUCCUGCGAGUCCCGCUUGAGCUUCACCUCUGGUUUGGCCCUCCCGAGCACUGUUGCGGCACAUCCCUUGCUGAGAAGAUCCACCACCAACACAGUAACAGCGGCAAGGAGGGUUUAGGGAGCUCUGUGCUCGCAGGGAAGCAGAUUUGGCUUGGUUCGUGUCGUUCCGAGCCGCCGUGGGCGAUUCCUUCGCCCCAGGAAUUCGGGGGCUCCACUGCUGUGGGAGCCCAGCUGUGUUUUAGGGUUGUGACUACCUCCUCUUCACCUCUGAGCUGUGUAGUAGUGACCAGCUGAGCCCUGAGGGCAGUCCCUGGCUCCCCUCAGACCCCUCCUGCUUCCGAGGACUUGCUGUUCCUCAGGAGGGAAGCUGAGGGAGCUGCUCCUUCCCCCCACCCCCCUGAUGUGUGUGAGGAUUAUUGCUUUAAUCCACCACAGCUCCUGGAAUUAGCUGGAGCAGUCCCAGAUCUUCCAAACUUGGCCUGGUUUGGUUUUCUUUCAUUUUUCCUAAUUCUGCACAAGAACCUUUGUCCUCAAGCUGUGCUUUUAGGGAUGGCCCGGAGCUGUUGGAUCUGCCCUGGACAGCAGGAGAGCUCAGGCUCUCUCCAGCUGCUGCUGCUCUGGUCUGGGAUCAUUCCCUGGCUCUGGAAAAGCCCAAGCACAUCCCUGUGGGUAGGAGCACCAUAAGCACUACGGAAUAUAGGGAAUUUUUCGUCACACCACACAUGUGUGAAACCUCCCUGCCCCCCGUGCCCUCUGCUGCGGCCGCUCGCUCUUGGAGUUGGUUGGAUUCUCCCUUUUCCAACCUUUCCAGAAGGAUGGGCCUGGCCCAAACCUUCCUGUUCGUCCCAGAGCAGCAUUUGGGCACGGAGCUGUGCUGGGGAAAUGUGUGGCUGAGGGUAAAAAUACCUUUAAAAAUCAUUAUUUAAGCAAUUCCUUGAUUUCUCCCAGCCCUGCAGCAGCCCAGCCUCCUUUGUAUGUGCAGAACAGCUCACUUAAGGUCACCCUUAUCCCGUCCUGUAUUCCCAUUCCCUGUUCAGCCUGCUUUCUUUGGGAAAAGGAUGCUCAGAUCACCUCUUUGCAUCUUCAAAAUUCAAGUGCAACUCGCCAGUCUCCUCAGUAUUGUGCAAAACCACGCCCCACCCCCCCCUUCUCAGUUUUUCUGAUGGUAAUUCCUGCCCUGAAUGACUUCUUUUCGUUGUAAAUAAAGCAUGCACCUAUGGAUUGGGAAUGGUGAAAAACAAACAACAAAAAACAACAACAACAAAAAAAGAAAAAAAAAAAGAAAAUUCAAAGCCUCUUCUACUGCUGUUUGCAUUCAGACUCGCAUGCAGUGAUUUUACAGCCAAAUAUCAGUUUACAACUGUUAAGAGAAAAAGAAAAUGUUACACAGGAAUUAGAAAUCCUCCAGUCUUCCGCUGCAUGCAGCACAACAUCCUCCCUUGGUGUGGUAUCUAAUAAAGUGAGACUAUUGGAAAAGAACAAAAAAA